UCUUUGGCCAAACUAAUUCAUUGAGUUUACACAUUUUGCAACACACUGUACAUUGACUAGCGAUAAAAUUGUUUAUGACAUUUAAAUAAGUUUUUUCGCAGAAGACUUAAUAUAAGUGUUAUAUUUGUAAACUAUAAGAACAGUUUUGUAGGAAAAAGUGAAUCGUUUGUUAUUAAGCAUCUAACAUGGAAAGUAAAUUGUUAUUUUUCAUUUGUUUCGUAGCUAGUGUAUGGGAAGUUUUCCCAAUGGCGCUAAAAGGCCCCGUUAUGACGAGGUACGACCCUUGCGGUCUAGGAGUGAUACAUUUUGAUAGGUUGAGAGAAAAUUACUGGAAAGGGUUUGUGCACUUUGAACUGUAUAAAACGUUGAUUCCUACUAAAGUGGAGAUAGUUUUUAAGGAUGAAGUUACUUUGGCUGCGAUUCCCGGAACACUGAAUAUCACUGCAAGUCGAACUAGCAAAAACAACUUUAUUGUAGAGUCAACUCGCAUGAUACCUCAGCGCUACGAAUUUGUCAUUUCCAUUGACAAUUUAAAAACAAAUCAAAGUGAUGUGCCCGUGGUUGUGUUGUUAACCAUGAAUAAUAUCACAUUAUGCAACGCUGAAAUUAAGGCAUCACAGACUAUCAAAUCGUUGAACGUGUCCCAGCAGUAUCCAUACAGCGGAUACGCUCAGGUUUGUGGACGAAGGUCUUUAGGCCAUACUGAGCUGGUCUCCACAAGGACUGAGGCGGAGGCCGGGGACUGGCCUUGGCAUGUAGCUAUACUAGUCAUAGAUAAAAAAGGAUUGCCCCGGUAUGAGUGUGGGGGAAAUAUCGUGUCUACUACUGCUAUUGUGACAGCGGGCCAUUGCGUUUUCAAAAACGGUGCAAUAAGGAAAGCGAGCAAUAUCAUCAUAGUAGCUGGUACAAAAAAUUACAAGGAUUUUAAUGAAACUGGUCGACAGGAAUUUAUCGCAGAAGAAAUAAUACUCCAUCCAGCUUACGAUGAUGACUUCGCUACAUCCGAUGUAGCAGUCAUUAAAGUCAAAGGGCUAAUAUUUACGGAAUACGUACAACCAAUUUGCAUUUAUGGGCCUGUGUAUGACAAGAGCCAACUCUUUGGAGUCGAAGCUACGGUUGUAGGAUUCGGUACCACCGAGUACGACAAGCUAUCAGAUGUCUUAAGGUCCACUUACACGGUAAUACAAAAUGAUACCGUGUGUAUUGACUUCUCUCCAAAGCUUUACUCCAGUUUGCUGAACGAAUUCACUCUCUGCGUUGGAUAUGGACCUUCUUCUAGUAUUAACCCUCGCAACGGCGACAGUGGAGGCGGUCUUGUGAUAAGCACAGUCCAGUCCGACCACAAGAUAAGCUGGUUCCUCCGCGGGGUACUCUCGAAGUGCGGAGUUACCCCGGGACAUAAAACCUGUGACCCCAAAUACUACGUAGUGUACACAGAUGUUGCCCCACACUACGGCUGGAUAUACCACCACGCUGGCUUGGAGUACCGAAAUAACAUUAUGUGGUGAACAACGGUUAAGUGUUUCUUGGCAAUUGAAUGCCGAAGUUUCAGUGCAAUGUGAAAAUGAAUUGUCACAAUCAGUUAUGGUAUCUUUUCAACGAAGUUGUGUAUUAUACGUAGGUGUGUAUACCUAACUGUAACUAAGGGGUUUAUAAUAAAAGUAAGUGUGAUAUUAUUAUAUGAAUAAAUAUUGUUAGUUCAUAGAAAUGUUGUAGGUAAAUAAAGACUUUUAGAAUUACAUU